GAAGUGCGCCCGGUAAGUGUCAACAGGACCGGCGAAGGAGAGCGUCGGAAGGGCGAGCGGGCUGCGCCUUCCUUUUGUACGGGAACGCGCUUGCAUUGGCGCUCGCCUCAAAGGUGCUCUCGCUUUCUUUUCCCUUCGAAAGGCCCCCGUUGUAUUGGCGCUCGUUCUUCGUCGAGUGCGAAGACGGGGAAAGACUUCGAGGAAACUUUUUUCUUUUAGUUCCACCCCCACGGACCGUUCCCUCUGUGCAGGGGACGUGCCCCUUAUUUCCCACGGCCAGCUUUUGGCUUUGUGGCGGAGAGAAGGGGGGGGAGGCGGGGAAAGACUGUAUUCCCACUACUUGGCUGCUUUUUCUGAUAGUGGCGAAGGAAUUGUUUGUAACCGGCUCCACGUCCCGGGACAGCUGCAGGUGGAGUUUCAAAAAUGUCAGCACCAUCUAUGAAAGAAAGGAAAGCCUGCUGGGAUGCCCGAGAUUUUUAUUGGAAAUGCUUAGAUGAAAAUAGGAAAGAUACAUUAAAAUGUGACAAAUUGAGGUGCUCUUUUGAAAAUUUAUGCCCACCACAGUGGGUUAAAUACUUCAACAAAAGAAGAGAUUAUUUACAAUAUAAGGCACAAAUGGAAGCAGGACAAUUUCUGCCUUCAGAGAAGACAGAGGAGUCAUAGCAACUAGAGAACUUUUACAAUACAAGGGAAGUUGCAGAAAAACAGCAUAAUUGAAGAACAUAAAUGUUGG